AGACAGUGACAGACAGGAGGAGGAGGGGAUUCAGGGUUACUAUGGGGGGAGGGAGAUGCACUGUGCUCGCUCUGCUUUAGUAAUAGAAAUCAUCUCUCUGGAGCGUAGAGGAUAUCGAGCUGAGUAGGCUGCGAACACCAUGGAUCUGGAAGGGUGGCAGUCUCAGAGCAGUUAACAAGUGAGAUGGUGGAAAACAACUCACAGCAUGGGUUGCAAGUAGGACUGGUCGCAUGAUUUUCAGUAAAUAUCCUCUGUUUUGAUGAAUUUUUUCCUGGCAGAGAAUGAUCAUGCAAUGACAGACCUUUAAGUGAUACACAUUAUUCAAAGAAGACUGAUCAUGGGCUCAUCUCACUGGACACUGACAGAGAUCCUCUUGCUAGUAGUUCUACACCUAAACUGCCACGAGGCAGCCCAGGACAAAUACCUCACAGGACAAAAUCCAAAUGCUGUUUUGCACACGCCUUCUGUGGACUUUUUCAGUGUAGAGGGCACCUCCACACUGGCACCUUUGUGGCUGCAGAGCAGUGCUCCAACCUUUGCUGAAUACCAGAAAGAUGGACAUGUAUCACAAAGUCCAGCUGCAGGUGAGAAUAUUACGGACUCCAAACAGCUGUUAAAAGAAAGCACCAAAGCAGAUGAUGUCUCUUUGCAGACCCCAUAUAGUAUCCUUACACCAGCAACUCAAACAACACAUUCAGCUGGAAGUUCUGAUGUAGGGGUUCAAACUGUGCCUCAGUUACCAACUUCUCAAUCGUCAACACCAGAGUUGGUUCAAACAGCAUCUCAGUUUUCAUAUACUGUUUCCCUGUACACCUUAGCAACAGACGAGGAAUCAGAGUUGAACUCAAACACACCUUCUUCUACCAUUCCAGUUAAGGGGAGUAACCCUUCUAUGGUCACUGAUGGAUUAAACAAUGUAUCUCCAUCAGAUGUUGUUACAUUUCCUCUUCCAGUAUUUUGGGCCUCAACAAGACAGACAGAAAAUGAUACCGAACUGCUUGAGGAAAAAAACGAACUGAUAUCGUUUGCAUUGCCAACACCAGCAGAAAACUUAGAAGAAAUGUUUGUAACUGAACCUCUAUAUGUAACAUCGGCCACUACUCAGUCAAAUAGUAUGGAAUCCUUGGAAGCUUCCACAGAGGCAGACAGGAAGCCAUUGGAUCCACUGAGUGAGGAACCACCCAAGUUUCCAUUUCCAACGAAAGGAAACACUGACCCACCCGGUCCUCAGCCUGGUUCACAGGGCUCCUUAGUGGAUUCAUCCUUCUUGGAUUGUCUUCAGUCUGAAGAUUGUGAUUUUUCUGCAACACUAAGCACCACCCCCUCUAAAAUGGAAAAUAGUCUUUAUGGACAUUCUUCACUCCUGCCAUCUCAACCAAUCUUCAUUACAUUGCAUUCUGACUGGAACACAUCUGUUGCAGACUGGGGUGUAGCCUGGGAGGCCUUGGUAUAUGGCUCUGUGGGUCUUUUUGGAUCAGUCGCUCUUCUCUCUCUUCUCUCCCUAUUUUGCCUGGUGUUCCGAUGUCCUUCAGGAGGCUCUUAUUUAGCUGUUUUACAUCUAUUUUUGAUGUUUGUAGGGAGCAGCCGGGCUUUUUCUCUCUUUUAUGAUGCAUAUGGGCAUCAAGAAAGACUACCAGUUUUUACUGCUAUUCUUUUGCAUGAACUGGCCUUUCCUUGUAUGACAACAAGUUUCAGCAUUAUCUUCCUACUUCUGUCCUCAAGAUGUCAGAUGAAGCGUUCCACUCCAAGCUUACUCCAUCUCUGCAUAUUAUCUGCUAUAGCAGUUCUCCACUUUGUUGUCUCAGCAGGAACAGUGGUAUUAGUUGAUUUCUUACAGAAGUUUGCCUUCCUUCUACUUGUGUCCCAUGGAGUCUACAUACUUUUGACUGUUCUUCUUUCUCUCUCCUUCUUUAUCUUUUGUUGUAUUGCGCGAGUGCAGACCACUCAGAUUUAUGACAUUAAGAAUUCAGCUCCUCCUGUAGAAUAUCGUAGUGGGUGUCCUUUUGCAAACUCAAAAGACUGGAGUCGGGCAACUCACACUGUUCUGAUUGCUUCCUUUUUUGGUCUUUUAAAUGCCGUCCUUCAGCUGUAUGCAAUGCUUUAUGUCAUGGGCUAUGGUGGAUCAAUUGUGUUUGGACCUUGGACUUGGUGGGCCUUUCAGCUCAGUUCAAGCCUAUGUGAAGUAGGCGCUUGUCUACCCCUUGCUGUAGUUGGUACCUACCCCCUCUUUAGUUCUAACGAUAUCGGGAGGAACAAUUGCUGGACAAAGUUAUUUUGUCUUUCUCCGGGCCAUGUCACAAUGAAAGGCAACAUUCUUCAGGCCAAUUCUCAGUGGUCCUCAUCCCAGCACGAGAAACUGCUGAUCUGUGACACCAUCAUCAGAAGUGACUCAGAGUUCUUUCCCCUUUAUACUCUUGUGGAGAAACGAAUGAGCCUUGGAGAAGACAUAAGUUUAAUCUACAACAGCACUAAGAGCCUAGAGGUGCAAGGCUUGAGUCUUCACAAUAGCUCUAAGACACCAUCUUUUAUUAGUGUACAGGUGGACAGUGACUCAACUGUUGAUUUUCAGCCCCCAUCACCUAUCAACUUGCGUCGUAGUAUAGAUGAGGCUUUAUUUAGUGAAGCUCUAAUACCCAAGAGUCUGUUUCAUGGCACAACAUUGCCCAGCAGCUUGUCUCUAACUGUCAAGAGCACCACACAGCUGGAAGAAAACAUUUUCAAAGAGAAGGCCUCUGACAGGGGACUUUACCGAACCUCUUCCUGCAUGGAGAUGGACACUGGUUUUUCAGCUGCAAGACCUGCUUCCACCACUUGCAAACAGGGCAACUUAUCCUCUCCUUCUUCACAGAUAUGGAGAGAUAGAGAAAGCACCACUAGCUCUCUGUACAAGAUAUCCCAAGAUGGAUCAUCCUUGGUUCUGUGUUCAAGUUCUAACAAUGCAGACUCCUCUGCCUACAACUAUGAGAAGAAAGUAGGAUGUAGCCAGCAGUCAAAGGGAGCGUAUCAUACUUUGCUUCCUCCAUCUCAGGAGUCACUGGAUAUAGCUACUAAACAAGAAAACACCCUGUGCGAUAACUUCAAAGAUGUAUUUGGGCCCAUUGAUGCACUGAGUGUUAACAGUGACACUAUAGACCUUUGAAGAGGCUCACAAACUGUAUUACUGGAAAGAUACAAUAGAAAAACUUAAGGAAUGCUUAACGAUGCACCUUAUAAAUGUACACGGAUCCAUGAGACAAAAAGGCAUACAUGGCUUUUUUUUCUGGGAUUAGAUAACUAAUUAGUUUGCAAGAGGAGAUGGGAAAUAUGGAUUCUAAAACUUGUUUCUGAGCUUUCUAGUGCUUGAAUGUUAAAUAUAAAAAAAUUACAGGAUAUUUACAAAUCUUUAUAUUCUUUUUUUAUUUUAUAAUGAUAUCAUAUAUACACCUUAAAAACAA